UGGUCCCAAGUCACAUGACAAAUAAGCACUCCAUGAGCCUCCAUGAUCUUUUCUGGACCCAGUGUUAUUUCUUGUUUUCUGUGAGAAUUAUACUGAAUUAGCAGAAGACAGAUCCACGGGAGGGGAAGCAAAAAUGAAUCAUCUCCUCGGUACGUCUGGAUGAACAUGGUGGCGAGAGGCAAUUUAUACCAAAGCGCUUCUAUCAUCUUCGAUUUAUACCUCAACCCAAAGAGCUAGUGCUUUGCGACAUUCGACGGCCGUGCUAUGGAGGAACUAAGCCAGGUGUUGUCAGCCAGCUUUACCGUCUCUCAGGACCCCAACAGCAUCGCUGCUCCACACCCUCGCCUUGCCCAGUACAAGGCCAAAUACAAUGCACUAGAGCAAACAGAACGCAGGCGGAAACUUCUGGAAAACCAAAAAUCGCAGCGGCUGAAUUACGUUAAUCACGCCAGACGCCUGGCUGAAGAUGACUGGACGGGAGGAGAGGACAGCGAGGAGGAGUCCAAGGAGAAGGAGGAAAUGGAAGUAGAGGUGGCAAAGAAGAAACUGCCCAAACGUUAUGCAAACCAGCUGAUGCUGUCUGAAUGGCUGGUGGACGUGCCAUCUGACCUGGCUGAAGAGUGGCGCCUGGUGGUCUGUCCCGUCGGCAAGCGCAUUCUCAUUAUCGCUUCCAAAGGGAGCACAGCAGCGUACACGCGCGGUGGAUAUUGCGUGAACAGGUUUCCGUCAUUCCUUCCCGGUGGAAACCGGCACAACUCGGCCAUUGGCAAAGACUACACCAUAUUGGACUGCAUUUUCAGUGAAGUGAACAGAACAUUCUUUGUCUUGGAUGUGAUGUGUUGGAGAGGCCAUCCAGUCUAUGACUGUCAGACAGAAUUCAGAUUUUUUUGGCUUCAGUCAAAAUUGCAAGAGGAAGGUCCGAAGCUGUCGGAGAUAGUGACCCGGAAUCCAUUCAAGUUUGUGGGAUUGUCAAAUGUGCCGUGCACAUCAGAAGCAAUUUGCCAGGUGUUGGCUGCCGAUUAUCCUUUUGAGAUGCUGUCUGACCCGCUAAGUUCUUCCAGCUCUUUGUGUUUUGCUUUGCUCCUUCCUGCAGGUGGAUGGCCUGUUGUUCUACCACAGCCGGACACACUACACCCCAGGGAGCACGCCGCUGGUGGGCUGGCUGAAGCCGUACAUGGUGGCCGACAUUCUGGGGAUGUCCGUCCCAGCUGGCCCUCUGACCUCGAAACCCGACUACGCCAACUCUCAGAUGCAGCAGAUCAUCGAGCUGAAGAAGAACAAGGGCGGCGGGCAGGACGAUGCCAACGUGGGCACGAAGGGGGCGUCGAGACCGGGCCGCUACGAACUGGAACAUCUCUCCACCCCCGGAAAGACCAAGAGCACUCCCACCAAGAUGGAAUGUGCAAGCAAAAGCGAAAGCUAAGUGCCCUGUCUGUGUCAGGCAGGGUUCCCUCCCCUCGAAGCCUCUCUGUUUAUAUUGUGGAGCUGCUUGCAACGUGAGUUCUCCUUCACCCGGGGUUUCGAUUUGAAUGAGGAUUGUUGGGAGGAACUGGCUGGGGCUGCUGAACGUGGCUGAAAGUAGCCUCGAGGGUCUGGAGAAUCUCGAGCUGUUGCUGCUGCUGCUUCUGUAUAAAUAUGGAGGGCUCUUCUUUGUGAGAGGGGAAGCAGAGUUUAAACUCACUGGGAAUCCAAGGACAGUCACUGGACAGGCCACUUGAGAACAUCAUAUUUGUGUCAGUACGUGUUUGUACCAAGUGGACACUUUCCCAAGAGUCUUGGAUUCUACAGUUGUCUGUUUUUACACAGCAGGGGAGGAAUUGGUAGCAGUGUGUGUUUUUAUUAAUUGAGUUAAUUACAUAAAAGUAUUGGUAAGUCUGACCUGGGAGUGUGAAGUAGAUACAUAGAUACUAUAUUAUUACUUGUGACAUGUUACAUUGAGAUCUUUGUUUUACAUAUCAUACACAAGGUAUGCAAAGAGUCACCAUGUAUAGGGCAUUGUAUGAGCAUGAUAUUCCACACAUCCCACUAUAGGAACCUAGGUCAAUUCUGUAAUCAUUUUAAGCUGAGGGUUCAAAUUCAAUAUUUGGCUACCUGGGCUCCACCCGCAUGUUUGAUGCUUUAACAGUUGUUAGUGAUCAUUAAAUGUAGCUGCAGUCCCUCCAGCAGUGUCUACUGUCCCUCUUUAGUCUCCUGGCCGCUCCCUCAGUUAAACGCAGGUUAGCGAUGAACUCAAAGGCUCACUGGCAUUGCCAAGGGAUAUUUGCUCCCAGUGACGUUGAAUUUAACGCGGAACUUCUCUCCUUGAAAUACCUUUGUAAAUAUGUGAACCCUCACCUCAAUGGAAAGCCUGUUUUAUUUUGGGCAUUUCUCUCCCAGGCUAACGCUUUUUAACGCUUGAUUUAUAGCUUUGUGAUAUACUAAAGAUGAUUGAAUGUGCUGCCUACCGGUCUUGUGACCUGCCUUUUAAUAAAUCAAACCGUUCUCAUUGUC